AUGUCUAAACUCGAGGACGCGAAGGAAGUUGAAGGGAGCCAUCCUUUCGUGUACGUCUUCGGGCAGGAGCUGCGCCGUCCCUUCCAAUGUGCGCCUCCACCGCCGGCUCCUCGAGAAAGGCACAAAAGCGGCAGAGACAAGGGAACAGACAACCGGGCGCCACGAGGGCCACGACAAAGAUGCCUGGAGUCUGUCCUCAGGCUUGCGGAGUACAACCAGCAUGAUAUGGUUCAGCACUGGAAGAAUCAGUCUUCCGGCCACAAGAAGAAAGCUAUAUGUCGCCAAGGGGUUCCUGAUGGAAUUGCCAUGGAGUCUUUUCACUUGAAUUUCAGACGAUGGCUCAGGGAGCGGCAGCUCCAGAAAACUCUGCAGAGAGAUGCGAGAUGGGAUCCACCUGCCUCCGAGGGCGACCCGUCCUAUCCUUUCAUGUACUACCGCUACGUUCCGCCCUGCACGGAGGAGAACGCACACACAGAGCCCGAAGAGGGGUGGAGUCGAGCUUUUCAUGGGACUUGGUUUUACGCAUUGCGCAGCAUCCUACGUAGCGGAGUACUUCUGGAAUCCAGCAGCAAGGAAAGGGGCCAUGGAUUUUCGAUUCCAGGCGUGUACUUGGCCCCGAGCCUGAGUGGAUCGAUUUGGUUUGCCAGACCCCACCAAGUGUUUGACGGUGAUAAAAUGUUCCAUCGUGUGAUGCUUGAGGUUCGCUAUGACCCAUCGAAAGUGAUGCCACUCCGUGGCAAAGUCGCAAGCAGAGCAGUGGUGGUCAGCAGCGAUGCCGUGGCGAUCACCGGCAUCAUCGUCCAGCCCAACUCGCCACCGUAUUCCGGAGAGGAGCGGUGCGAAAACUGGGAUCCUUCACUCGAAGUGAUCCCCAGGCCUUUCGCCCGUCGCAGACAUAAACGUAAAAGGCGCCGAUCGAAGCGCGAGCGUCACGCAAGGGUUGUGAAAUCUGAGGAGUGUGGCCCUGACUCUCAUGACUGUCAAGCUGCGCGGCGCGAUCGUCGGUCUCUGUCAUCUUUGCGUGCUGAAUUCGAAAACCAGGUAGGAAAUGAUCCUGAUGAGUUGGGACGCCGACCGCUCCGGCGAAGAAGGAAUGCCUGA